GACACUCCCCCCCCGGGCCGGGCCGGGCCGGCUCACCUCAGGUCGGUCGCACUCUGCCUCUCCGCCUCCACCUCCUCCUUCCCCGCCUUGGCCUUCGCAGCGUCCUGCAGGCUCCGGGGGCCGGUCCGCAGGCUGCGGCAAAAGGCGGCGGCCGGGACCCUGCGGGAAGGAAACGGGCCUCGGUUGGGGGUGGCGGAGGACGGGGUGGCGUGGGGGCAGCCGCAAACUCAGCAGCGCUGAGACCCAGCGCGGCCUCCCGUGCCCGCCGCCACAGCGGGGACGGAAAGCGGAUUCUGUGUCCUUGUCCCCGUCCCUCCCCGGCUCCAGUUCCCGCUCCCUCCGCUCACCCCCAGGCCGCUCCGAGCAGCCGUUGCCAAGCGACCGCCAUUACCGGCCUCAAUGGCGGCCGCCGCGGAGGGCGCCGGGAAGGAGGGAGGAGGAGGAAGAGGAAGAUGAAAAGAUGGCGGCGCUCAGGGGACCGGCGGCGUGUUGGGGCCGGCGGUUCUGUACCGCCGCCGCGCCCCGGCCGUGGCGGCUCUUUGGGGCCAUGUGCCUGUUGAGGCUGCCCCGCAUCACGCAGCCCCUCGAGAAGGAGGAGGAAGAGAUGGCGGCCCUCAUGGAGCAGAUAGAGCUGGAGAAAAGCCACUAUUCGGAUCACGAAAUCCGUAAGCUGGAGGAAGAGGAGCAGCUCAAAAGGAGGAAGGAGAGCGCGUACGAUGAAGAUGAAGCUCCCAGCAAAACAGUCAUCAUGGCUCAGGACCUGGAGGAUAAGUGGGAACAGAAGCUGCAGCAGUUUCAGGCUGCCCCGCGGAUAACAGAUGCUGAUAAAAACGACGACCGGACGUCGUUGAACAGGAAGCUGGACAGUAACCUGCUGCUUCUGGUGAAACACAAAAUCGGUAACCAGGAGCUGUGGCUCCUGCCUCAAGCGGAAUGGCAGCCUGGAGAGACGCUGCGAAGUACGGCUGAGCGAGCUAUGGCUACGUUUUUGGGAGAUCACAUUCAAGCCAAAAUCCUGGGGAACGCGCCCUAUGGGAUUUACAAGUAUAAAUUCCCCAGGGCCAUCAGGACUGAGGAUAACGUGGGAGCCAAAGUAUUCUUCUUCAAGGCCUUCCUCCAGAGCACUGAUCUGUCCCAGGCAGAGCUGAAGGAAGAUCACCUGUGGGUCACAAAGGCUGAACUGGGAGAUUACUUGAAGUCGGAAUACCUGAAAAAAGUCAAUCGAUUCCUUCUGGACUUGUAAGCGAUGGCUGUGCUCCAGCAGAUGAGGAAAGUGUGGGAUGCAGCCCCAGGGAGGAGCACAGCUGCUGCUUUGCAUGGUCUCUGUGUCUGAGAUGGUAACUCAGGCUCUGGAGGAUAAUCUGCCUUUGCCUUAUUUCCCAGUUCUCUUCACCGGCCUGUACUGAAUAAAUAUUAAACUCCCUUAUACUCAGAA